AUGAGUAAAUGCAAGCCCAUCGAAAAUUUGCCUCCCAUAGCAGAAGCCGUUAUAACGAAAAAUGUUAACAAACUGAUUCAAGUUUUAGAUGAUGGGGAGAAUCCUAAUGUUCAUUUUGGAGGUGGAUUACAGACACCGCUUCACAGAGCCUGCAAUUUAGGCAGCAGCAAGAUGGUGCGUAUUUUGAUUGAUCGCGGUGCAAAUGUGAAUGCUCACGAUAUCUAUCGCAAUACUCCUCUUCAUCUAGCUGCUGCACGUGGAUAUACUAAUAUUGUUAACUAUUUAAUCGAUGCUGACGCAGAUCCAAGCUCUGCAAACAUUUGGGAUCAGACACCAAUUUAUAGGGCAGCGCUAGGAGGUCAUACCUCAGUGGUAAAUGCUCUCUUAUUGGCCAAUGACAUAAGCGGUUAUCAUUUAAACCACGACGGGGAGUCUGCCCUCACUGUAGCCGCAGAGCGAGGGCAUUAUCACGUUUUAGAAAGGCUUUUAAAUCCCCAAUUUGAUGGAUGGAAGAAGAGGAAUAAACAACUCUACCUAACUUUGAUAAAAGCUGCAUUGAAGGGCCAUCUUGGAAUGGUCUUACUACUGAUUGAAAGAGGGGCACCAAUUAAUUGUACAAACUUUCAGACAUCCUUAACACCACUGAGUGCCGCCAUUAUUAAGGGCUCUUUGCAAAUAGUCAAAAUGUUUAUUGCUCUUGGUGCAGAUUUGAAUGUUGGCGAUGAAAUGGGAGAUAAACCCCUUGUACAGGCAGCUAAAAGGGGACAUUGGGCCAUCUUCAAUGAGAUUCUACGGGCAGGCGCUAACUUAAAAGAUCUAAGUCAGGCUUGGAAACUGGCUUGCGAGGCUAAUAAUGUUGAAAUGAGCACUUUCAUUUCGAGGAAAUACAAACUUUCAUGUUUUGAGCAAUCUGAGAAUAUUUCUUUCAAAGCGAAUAUGAUGAAGAAUAUUAGGUCUCCAGCAAAGGAAAUUUGGUGA